CAAUUCCUUGAUUUAUCAUAAAUGUUAGGAUUAUGUUUGGUUUGUCCUGGAUAUAAAUAGUUUACAUUAUGUUUCAGUGAGUAUAAAUGAAUAUAUAGCAAAAGAAUAUUAAAUAAUGUUAAACAAUAAAGUUUUUCUCAAUUAUACUGGGAGUGUCAUACAGAUGCGCUGACCUUCGUUUUGAUGCACAACGCACAACAAAGCAUCAAAUUGACGGCUGCCCUAUUUUCACAACAAUCUUUGGAUAAAACUAAAAUAUUUGUGCCGUAAAUCUCGGGCUUUAAUAAAUACUAAUAAUAGAUGUGCAACUGUGUUAAGUGUUUAUGUGGAAAGUUAAAUAAUAAUGGAAACUGCGACUACGCAAACAACUCCAAAUAGUGUGUGUUACAUUACCACAGAACCUACUUUCUUUUUGACUUUUAGGAUAAUUGUAAUCAACUUUGGAAAAUAACAUCAAAUAUUGUGAUCAAGAUGAAUGAGAGGGAUAUUCCAAGUGUCCCUAUUACAACUUUGGCAGGAGUAGCUAGUUUAACUGACUUGUUACCUGUGCUUCCCCUCCCUACACCUUUACCAUCAACACUUAACAAUAAAUCCCAACUUUUUCAUCCAAGAGUGGCCGAAGAAGCUGCAAUAUUACUUGCAACUAGAGAUGAUAAUUUAGUAUCAUUAUUGCUACAAUCACUUAUGCAAACUUCGGUUCAACAUAUAGACUUAAAAGAUGAAACUAUACCAAAUGCUGUCAGUCCUGCUCCACAACAAUCUACUCCUGAAUUGCUAAAGGCAAUCCUCAAUGUAAAUCCCAAUGUGUUUGACCAACAGCCAUCAAAUCACUGGGGCAAUCAUUUAAAUACAUCAAAAUUUAAUGGAAUGUCACCAUCACCUACUUUUAAUUAUACAUCACAUUCUACUGUACAUUCAAGCCCAUCAUCCCACGGCACGGCUGUCCAUUCGGGACCCAUCCCAAAUCAGCAAUUACUAGCUACUCCUUGCCAAUCAUCUCCACAUGUAAACAUUGGUUCUCCACCUUCACAAGCCCGACCAGGAAGUCAAGUGAAUAUAACUGCCCAGAAUAACAUUUCCCCGCCAUGGAAUAGUGCUAACCAGUCGAAUACAUACACAAGCCCUUUGGCCAAUUCAGCAAACCCACAAAACGGCGGAUUCUACAAUAGUUUGCUGCAAGAAAAUAGAAGUUUUGGAACUAAUAUUGGGGAAGACAAAGAUCCACUGUCUAUGUCACCAAGCAAUAUACCUGAACAGCAGCAACUUAUGCAGAGUCAGGAUAAAGUAUUUGGGCAAGAAGGCGGUGGGGUGAUGACUGGUCAAUCGCCGGCUCAAGCUAGCGUAGCGCCAUCCCCACUGCGGCAGGAACCUCAAGUGCCUCAACCUUCAAUGGGCGCUCCGUACGCGCCUCCACUGGCCACUGCACAAGAAAAAGACCAAUCUAAAAGUGCAAGUGCUGUAAAUAGUAGAUAUCCCGUUGUAAAAAUUGGCCGACUCUCUGAGGGGUUAUUGAAAAAACACGAAUUUACUGGCGACGAAAGAGUGCGAAAAAAUAGUACAGUUGAAUCGGAUUCCGAUGAUAACAUACCAUUGAAGGCAAAAUCGAAACAAAAGCAAAAUAUUUCAAAGCCUGUAGAUAAAGAAAGAGAGGCAAUCGACAUGGCUAGAGAAAAAAAUUGGGAAGCUGUGAAAAGGAAACAUGAGGAAGCCAGUAAAAAGGAAGAAGAAGAAACAUCUAUAGUACGACCUAAACUACGAAAAGUUGAAAGGAGAUUAGUACCUGUAUUAGAAAUGCUAUCUGUAGAUGAACUUAUGGAAACAAACACUUAUCAGAGAUUCAAUAAACUCAUAGAUGCUGUUUUUGAAACUAUUGAUGAUGAUGUGAUAAUAACAGAAGAAAUGGAGGGUCCAGAUAUUCCAGAAGAAUUGUUAUUACCACGUUACCAAAUUCAGGAGUUAUGCUCAGAAGCAGCAAAGCUCAAAAAUCUUGGUGCUAUGGAGGCCAUUCCAGCAGACAGAUUAGUUCGAUUAUUAAAUAUAUUGGAGAAAAAUAUAAGAGCUGCUGAAAAAAUGUCUUUAGUUGGUGAUCCAGAUGACAGUGAAGAAAUGCGACAGAUUUGGUUGGAAUCCGCACUGGAAAGAGUAAUGUGUGCAUCUGAUGCGUGUUUAACAGCUCUAUAUAUAAUGACAUCCCCGAGUAUGCCCAAGCGCAUAUAUUUAGAAGAUGUUAUUGAUAGAAUAGUUAUGUUUAUAAAGUUUCAACUUAACAAUACCAUCUAUUGUGUAUAUGAUCCAGUGUACAGUAUCCAGAUAACUUCUAAGAAAAAAGUGGACGGUCGCAAGCGUCGCGGCGGCGGUGCGUCCCACGCGAAGCAGCGCAGCGGCAACUCGAACCGUGCGGUGCGCGAGCUGUACACGCACGCGCACGAGUGCGUCACGUUGCUCGGCGAACUGUUCGCGGCGCACCACCUCACGGAUACAACGGUGUUGCACGCCUCUACGGUUGCCGUGUCGCCGUUCUUCGUCGAGAAUAUUAGCGAGCUGCAACUGUCCGCGCUCAAACUGGUUACUACGAUAUUCACUAAAUACGAGCAACACCGGCGGUUGCUAUUGGAGGAUAUAUUGGCGUCGAUAGCGCGGAUACCGAGUUCCAAACACAACUUGCGAUCAUUCCAACUGAGCUCGGACCAACACAUUCAAAUGCUCACAGCGCUUGUGUUGCAACUCGUCCAAUGUGUCGUUACACUGCCAGAGACUUUGUGCAAGUCACAAGAUAAGGAUAAAGAAGUAGAAUCAGAGAGUAAAAAGCAUGUUGACAAGGACCUCUUAAUAAUAUCCAGAUAUGAGGCAGCUAUAAGCGUGGGCGGAACAUUCCUGACAUCAUUUUUAAAUAAGUGCCGAAGUCGCACGGAAGAAGUAGAUUUUAGGCCCCUGUUUGAAAAUUUUGUUCAUGAUUUACUUACGACAGUUAACAAACCAGAAUGGCCCGCCACCGAAUUAUUACUGAGUUUACUUGGAACAAUGCUUGUUAAAUAUAUGUCUGACAAAUCGAUGGAAAUGCCAGUUCGCGUGGCUUCAUUAGAGUAUUUGGGUUUGGUUGCGUCGCGACUCAGGCGAGACAGUGUGCAUUCGCGCGCCAAGCUGUCUACUAUGGACGCAGUUGUUAGGGAUAUUCGCGCUGAGGAGGAGAAGGAUGGAUCGCAGGGACAUACCCCUUCCUCUGGAUUAGAUGAAGAUGAGCAAAGAACAGAAUUUUUACAAAGGGUUUUACUCGAUUAUUUAGCCAUCAACGGACAGAAAGAUCAAGCGUGGAAUUGCGCACGUCAUUUUUAUAUUACUCAGUGGUACAGAGAUAUGGUUGUACAACCUAAAGCGUCACCUACUAAAAAGCCUAAACAUAAAUCGAAAAAACGGUACAAGGAUGAAACUAGUGACGAGGACUCGGACGACGACGAAGAAAUCGUUAAAGAAUCUAAGAAGAACACUUCAACUGCUGUACUAUCUGCAGAAAAAUUUAAAACGAUAGAACGGCGGAAAGCUUUUUUCUUAGAAAAAAUAAGACCAUUUCGCUAUCAAGGUGGAACUCAAGUGCAAGUGAUGCAAUCAUACAUAGAUUAUAGUGGGGCAGAGCUAAUAUCUCAGUACUUAGCGUCCAAGAGAUCUUUUUCACAAAGUUUUGAUAAAUAUUUGAGAAAGAUUUUAGUUAUAUUGUGCGAGAACACGAUAGCGAUUCGAACAAAAGCAAUGAAGUGCUUGACAAUGAUAGUUGAAGCGGACCCAUCAGUUCUGGCGAGGCCGGACAUGCAGAUUGGUGUCAAUCGCUCCUUUCUCGACCAAUCGACUGCAGUGCGGGAGGCGGCCGUGGACCUUGUCGGCAAGUUUGUUCUCAGUCGGCCUGAUCUUAUUGACAAGUAUUACGGCAUGCUUUCGAACAGAAUAUUGGAUACGGGUGUUUCUGUAAGAAAAAGAGUGAUAAAAAUCUUAAAAGAUAUAUGUAUAGAAUGUCCUGAAUUUCCCAAGAUACCCGAAAUAUGUGUAAAAAUGAUUAGACGAGUUAACGAUGAGGAGGGUAUCCGGAAAUUGGUUAUGGAAGUGUUUCAAAACAUGUGGUUUACGCCGUGCCCGAACACAGCGCGACCUGGUACACUCGAUAUGACGACAGCCACAGCUGAUCCUUUGACGAGGAAAGUUCUUAACAUCACCGAUGUUGUUAUAUCAUCGAGAGAUAUGGGAUUGGAAUGGUUUCAACAGUUAUUGACAAGUUUAUUUAAACCUAAAGAAGACAAGGAUGAUUCGACCAAGAUAAUUUACCAGCCGCCUAAAUCGUUAUUGGUAUCGUGUCAACAGAUUGUUGAUUGCCUUAUUGAACAUUUAUUACAGUUAGAAGAAACUAGCACUGAGGGAAAUGGUUCAUCCCAGCGUAUUUUAGCGUGCCUUUCCACAUUACAUUUGUUCGCAAAAAUAAGGCCUCAGUUGCUGGUCAAUCACGCAUUGACGCUGCAGCCUUACUUAAGCUUAAAAUGUCAGAAUCAGUAUGAACAACAAAUAAUGUCAACCGUGGCAUCCACUUUGGAACUAGUUGUCCCUUUAAUGGAGCAUCCCAGUGAAGUGUUUCUAGCUCAGUUAGAAGAAGACGCUGUUAAACUGAUAUUGCAGCGCGGCCAACUUGUUAUAGCAUCGUGUAUAGCCUGCCUCGCUGCCAUUGUUAACAAUCUUACGCACAAUUAUAAACUUAUAAGAGACGUCUUUAACCAGUAUCACAGUAUUUUACUACAAUGGAAACAAGGCUGGCAACGCAAUCCUGAAGUGACGCGAUCGCUGCACUCACGACCACAUUUUAGAAGAGCUUUAUUCAUUGUUGGACUUUUACUUAGAUAUUUUGACUUUACCGACGGUAAAGUAAUUGAUGGAUUGCAGAGUGACAUCAAGGAACAAGUGUAUAACACGCUGAUGUUUUUCGUUAAUUUAGAAGACGAGGAUUUUGUAUCUCACACAUUAAAAGCACUCGGUUCAGUGUGCGUCAGGCAUUACGAAUUUAUGCUUCGGCCUGAGUUGAAGGAGUUUUAUCAUCACCUUUUAACGUCAGAUCUUGCGCCUAUUGAGAUGAAAGCGGAUGUGCUUAGAAAUAUCGAAAUGUACUUACAGGAAGAGGAGCAAAGAAUGAUAAGACAAGAUAGAGAAUGGUCAAAAAGAUCGAAAAUGGAAAAUCUUAAGGAAAUGGGUGAUGUGUCAUCUGGAAUGGCAUCAACUGUGAUUCAGUUAUACCUCAAAGAGAUCUUGGGUUCGUUCCUGCACUUGAGCACUACGGUGCGAUCGAGCGCUAUGAAGGUUGUGCAGUUGGUGCUUGCGCAGGGUCUAGUGCAUCCAGUACAGAUUGUUCCAUAUUUAAUAUGUAUGAGCACGGAUACAGAAAUUACGGUGUCACAUACAGCUGAUAAAAAUCUGCAAGAAAUUGACAAGAAAUAUCCUGGCUUCAUUCACAUGAAAGCUCAACUAGGAAUUAAACUUUCCUAUCAAUUGCAGAAAAUUUUACAGUCUGAUAACAAAGGAGUUAUUCGAGGAUUCAGGAAAAAAGAGCAAGACGAUUUACCCUCAUCUUUAAAUGGAUUUUUAUAUUCAUUAUUACGGAAUACGAGGCCGCAGAGAAGAGCGCUUGUAUUGUCAUUAUUAAAACAAUUCGACGACGCUUCGACUGCGCCGUUGGAUCAGAUGCUCUUUUUGGCUGACAACCUGAGCUACUUUCCAUAUCAAGUUCAAGAUGAACCUUUGUUUAUCAUACACCAUAUUGAUAUUAUUAUUUCUACGUCGGGAUCCAAUUUAUUACAGCUUUUUCGUGAGGGCUUAAUAAAAACGAACGUGGAGGAGAAGGAGCCGCUCGACGAGGAGGAGGACGAGGAAGAGGCGGAGGCGCUGCUGGCGCGCGUGCCGGCCGACGCGCGGCCGCUGCGCGACGCCAUGCGCCAGGCGCGCGGCUGCCUGCUGCUGCUCGUGCUCAAGCAGCACCUCAAGCAGCUGUACGGGCUCACUGACGCGAAAAUAAACCAGUACUCCCCGUCGGAGAACGUGAAGGUGUACGAGAAGGCGAUAUCGCGGCGGCACGCGCCGCAGUUCGAGCCCAAGGCGACGAUGGCGCAGCUGCAGGAGGGCGACGUGGACGACGACCUGGACGAGCGGGGCCGGCGGCGACUCGUCGACGACUAUCUAGAGUUUAAGCAGUUGAUGUUGAAGUUUGACCCGGAGGAAGAGGAGGACGAGGAGGCGAGCGCGGCGCCGGCGGCGGCGGGCGGUGCGGGGGCGGCGGGCGCGGGCGCGGGGGGAGCGGGGGGCGCGGGCAGCAGCAAGAGCGCGCCGCCGCCCGCCGCGCCGCCGCCCGCCACCUAGUGACAGUGCGCGCCCUCACAGUGAGAGGACACUAUACCCCUGGGUACGCACUGAUAUACAUUCUGCUCGCUGCGGCCCCGCGCGCCCCCCCGACUGUGCUAAUGUUACGUUUGUGUUGUGAAGUGAAGUGGCGGACGUGUCUCACUCGGAACGCGUGCACGAUUCGGAACGUUGUCGAUAACGGAGUGUCGAACGUUUUUAUGAUUCAUCGGUGCGAACCCACAGUUAUGUUGUAUUUAUUUCGAAGGCCCGCGACCAAGUGCGCGCGAUUUAUGGGCGCGGCCCCCGUGUUCGAUCCGUUUGCAAUAUUGUAAUCUCUUAGUGAAUCACCAGCGAUGUUGUUUGUCAUGAAUUGUUAGAACUUUUUUACACGACGACGUUGAAUAUUUAGCGACGAUCGCAGACGGAUUGAAUAUGGGGGCCGGCUGUCACUUGAAAUGUAACGUCGCUAGUUUUGUAAUGCAGCCAAUCUCAACGCAACCCAAGCUUUCGAUUUCAUUUAUGAAAGUGAUUCGAAGCUUUACGUUAAAACGAAACAUUAGAGUGAUGAUAAAUUGUAAAUGCAUUCGCUGCGGUACAUGAUGAGCGACGAUGUAAGAUUCCGUUUUGUAACGAAAGUCUUGUGUGUAGAUAAUUUCUAUGAAGAAUAAAUUAUAUUAUGUAACAUUUCCGAAUGAGCGUCGCGAGCCGCGACGGACACUAACGUGUAGGUCAAUUUGUUGUCGUGCGUCGCCGCGACCGGUACAAGGAAUAGAGUGCAUAAUUUUUAUACGUAUCGGCGUCUAUGUAAUAUAGAUAUAAAAGAUUUAUGUUGAAUAUGGAGGAUACUGCAAUAUGCUGCAUUUCGAUAAAUAAGAGAACAUUAAAGUUACACGGAUAGAUUUUUAUUUUUA